UCUGAGAGUAUUGCCUCGUCUGGCACAAGCGUUUCCGAUUCGAUUCUAGACUACCGCUUCGAGAAUGGUCGAACCUAUCAUCGGUAUAAAGAUGGGAAAAUGCAAGAGUACAAUAUCCCCAACGACGAGAGGGAAAUGGAUAGACUAGAUUCCUCUCUUCCUCGGUUCCCAUGCCUCUGCUCAAAUUGUCGACUCUUGCCCAUCGUCCAUAAACUACAGCACGUCAUUCUCGCCCAACCAACACUUGUAAUCAUGGCUGAAGUCGAUCACGAGAUCCAAAUUAUUGCGGAUGAACAGGCUCUGGAAGAAAAUCGAGCAGAUAUUGAAAGCAUUGCUUCCUCGAGCACCAGCCUCAAUGGCUCAAUCUUGGACUAUCGAUUCGAAAAUGGGCGAACGUACCAUCGCUACAAAGACGGAAAAUAUGUGAUUCCCAACGAUGAGCAAGAGAAUGAUAGAAUGGAUAUGCAACAUCACAUAUGCCUCAUAACCCUCGGUGGUCGGCUCGGACUAGCACCUCCAUGCCAGCCUGGUGUCAAGGUUGACAGAGUAUUGGAUGUUGGUACGGGCACGGGAAUCUGGGCUAUUCAGUUUGGCGACGAUCAUCCCGAAGCCGAGGCAAGCUCAAAAGUGACGAAAUUUGAAUGCGUGUUGACUGUGAACAGGUUCUCGGCGUUGAUUUAUCUGCUACGCAGCCAGACAUGUAGCGUAGCUACGAAUGUCAAGUUCGAAAUCGACGACAUUGACGAGGAGUGGACGUACACCACCCAGUUCGACUACAUUCACAGUCGCUUCAUGUCGUCAAGCAUCGCAGACUGGAAGGCUUAUCUCACUAAAUGUUUCAAUCACAUCCAACCUGGCGGUUAUCUAGAGUUGCAGGAGCCAGAGAUGGAGUUCCAGUCCGAUGACGGCACAUUUCCUGCCGACUGCCCCUUGGCCAAGUACGGCAACCUCCUCAAGGAGGCCGCGGCCAUCUUUGGGCGAGAGUACGUCUCGGUGUCUUCCUUGAAAACACUGAUGGUCGAUGUGGGCUUCAAGGACGUGACGCUGAGCCGGUACAAGUGGCCCAUCAAUACCUGGCCCAAAGAUCCUUCGUUCAAGGAACUGGGCGCAUGGGGCUUUGAGAAUAGCAACGCCGGUCUCGAGGCUAUCUCUAUUGCGCCUCUGACGCGCGCCCACAAGUGGACUAGGGAGGAGGUGAAUGUCUUUUUGGCUGAAGUCCGGAAGGACCUGGCUAACAAGAACUACCAUACUUAUGUCCCAAUGUAUUUUGUUGUUGGACGGAAGCCAGACUCGAAGGAAGAGUGCUUAGAGAACUGA